CUUCCCAACCUCUCCAUAAACCUUGUCUUCUUCAUCUUCAAGCUUCGAUCAGUUAAGCAAGCAGUGGCUAUGGAUGUUGUUACUCAAAGAAACUCCUCUUCCGCCGUUUCCAUGUUGAACCCUAACGCUCCCUUGUUCGUUCCGAUGGCGUACAGGACGGUGGAGGAUUUCUCCGACCAGUGGUGGGAUCUGAUCCAGUCGUCGCCCUGGUUUCGUGAGUAUUGGCUUCAAGAACGCUUUCAAGAUCCUCAAAAUGAUCAUUCGUUUGCUGAAAAUGAAGAAUUUAUCCUUCCGGAUCUCGAAAGUUUCCUAGACGACUUCACUCGUCAACAGGAAGAGGAAGAAUUGGAAUUCUCGAAGGAUUUGGUUCCAAUGGGAGCUUUCAAAUGGCAGAAGGCUCGAUCUGGAGCGGAGGUUCCUAAGUAUGCUCAAAAGGCUCCCAAGAUCGUGAACGUGAAAGUGAGUCCGAGGACGAUCCACCAGCCGAGAUAGACUCCAAAUUCAUCGAGUACGUUUCUUCAUCAGAACUCAGGAACCAGUUUGAAUUGUUGUUGAUUUAGGGUUUUGAUUUCGUUUUAUGUACAGAGUCUAGAACUUGAUCUGUUACAAAUUAACUCUGAUGGUCUGUGUUUAGUUCAUGUAAAUUUGUAUCAAGUCUUACUUUCGAUCAUAAUAUAAUAAAAAGAGUCCCAACAUUCUCAACAAA